AUGGAGGGCUUCGAUGACCUCCUCUCGCCGGGCGCAGGUCUGCAUCGAUCUAGCGCAUCCAACGAUCCCGCAAUGAGCUCGGCGUCGUUCUUUGGCGCACCGCAAGAUCACGACGAGGAUGGCAUGGACAAUCCGUUUGCAGACCUGCCUGCUGGGCGCUCGCUCUACCUUGGCUCUCCCGCUGCGCCUCAAUCUCCUUCUCGGAGCACUGAGGAAGCGGCAGCUGCACUUGGCUACAGCACAGCAGCCUCAGACGAGCAGUUGAACGACUUGCAUGGCUCACAGGUAGACAGCUCAACGGGCCCAGAGCUACUUGGCAGCGUCCCAGCUGCCCAUGAGCACGCUCAGGAUCCAUAUUCGGAUGAGAUUCCGGGCACGCCGGACUCGCCUGAGCUCACACUGAGUACGCCUGCGCCUGUAGAACGCCCGGAGACGCUGUUCGGUGCGUCAGACGACUUGCUCGAAGGUCUGCUGGCCCGCCAGCGGGCUAUGCCUCCGCCUCCUGCAUUCAAGCCAAGUCGUACUGCGGCUGUUCGUCAGUCACAGACAAACGCGGAAAUUACAUCAAAUGUCUCGAGGCAUGACUCGCUUGCAUCCAUCGCGCCCAUAGACGGCCGGCCUGCUUCCUUGCAAGGCGACAGAGUCAUUGUCUCUCCCAUCAGUGGAGAGUCAGCUCAGCGGGCGUUCAGCAACCUUUCCCUUGAAGCAGACAUGCGCUCAGCGAAUCCGACACUGGACGCGACACCAGAUCCCGAUCUGGGCUGGCGCGCUGACAGAGGAGACUCUCAGAACACCGAGGAUGUCACCAGAUCGGAUUCUGCCUCUGUCAAGACAGUCGCCUUGGAUUCUGAGCGCCAGAGCCUUGCAGGCGUCGAACCGUCUGUGCAGCCCGGGGUCGGCAAUUCCUCUAUCAGCGCGCAGACGACACCUGCGUCGUCAAAGCCGAAAUUCCAGAUUACAGUCGGCGAUCCUACCAAGAUCGGCUCAGACUUUGUCGGUAGCGCGCAUAUCGUAUAUACUAUCCGCACAAGAACAACGUCUACCGCCUAUCGGAAGCAGGACUUCUCUGUCCUGCGACGAUUCAGGGAUUUCGUCUGGCUAUACGAGGCGCUCGCGGCGAACAAUCCAGGCGUCAUCAUCCCGCCAAUUCCCGAGAAGAAAGUGACCGGGCGAUUCUCCGAUGGUUUCGUCGAAGGUAGACGGCAAGCCCUACAGACUUGCCUCCAGACCACCGUCGAUCACGCGCUUCUGCAUUCCGAUCCCGACCUCAAGACUUUCCUCGAAUCAGACUCAUUCAAUGCAGACAUCAAGCAUCGAAGAGCUGACCAUCCGUCCGAAUCUAGCGGCUUUUUUGCCAAUCUCGGCAGCUCAAUCUCAGGUCCAAAAUUCCAAGAAUUUGACGAUUUCUUCGACAGUAGACGCACCUAUCUAGACAUGUUCGAACCUCAACUCAAGGCGCUACACCACUCCAUCUCGGUCGCAUCUCGAGCUCGGCAGGCUUUAUCCGCGUCGACUAACGAGCUCAGCCUGGCGCUCGUCGCUACUGCAGCUUGCGAUCUCUCUCGACCAGUGCGGGACGCGUUGUCCGGAUUGGCAGCGCUCCUCAAGAAGAUCAGAGACAUUGCGGAGGCCCAGAGUAAGUCAGAGGAGGUUGGCUUAAUAGCUACGAUUGACACCUACAGCCGACUGGUCGGCUCUGUCAGGCUCGCUCUGCAAGCGCGCGUGAAGCUCCACCAAGCGUGGCAGCGCCAUCUGAACCACGCAGCGAUGCUUCUGCAAAGUUAUGAAAAGGCCAAGCGUCAGGGCAGGCUACACGAAGAUGUACUCGAAUCAGACCUCGCCGAAUGCCUCGAGGCCGAGCGCAAAGCUGAUACCGCCAAGCGGGAUUUUGAGGACGUGUCGAAGCUCACGCGCGCAGAAAUGCUCAGAUUCGAUACGGAGAAGGUCGAUAAUUUUCGGCUCGAUCUGACGGCAUACGUCCGGGGGCUUGCUGCGCGUCAGCGGACUGUCGUCGAGCUGUGGUCAAAGUACACGGAAAUCAUAAGUGAAGCUGUCAAUUCGAACAUAGUGUCUUUACCGGCCAACAGUGCCGAUGUCAGUGUUGUACUAUGA